GCUCACGUUACUCAACCGUCUGUCGUUUUUUUAAGUACAGUUAGUUAAUUGACAGAGAAACCAAUGGGAUGGAAAACAUAAAUAGCAAACAUAAAGAUAACCAAGUUAACAACAUUUUUGACUUAAGAUCAGCGCGAUUUUCCACAGAUUGCAGAAUUCACUCUACAGGAUAUGACGUAUUGCCUCAUCUUGUCCACCACAGCUCAGGGGGUUCAGUUUAUUAACAGGGUGGCCCGUUAAACACGGCUAAAACAAACAGACAGCAAAAACGGUCCAGCUUUAGGCCUUCAGUUUAAAAAAUGGCCCAGCUGCAGGCCUGUUUGCAGCAUGACAACAACCGCCAUCGUCUGUUAAUCGGAUAGUGAGAAGGAAUUUGGGUGGCUGCAGGCUUCCACCUAGCUAGCUAGCUAACGUUACGCAGCUGUCGGAAACCAAAGCUAGUCGGCUAUCUAACGUUAGCUGCAGCGGCUCGCUUUGCCAUAUGAUAUUGACGCACAUUAGACCUCUACAGAAAGCGAUUGGAUCAGCAAAGCAACAUCCGCAACGUUGAAAUGGACAAAGAAGAAGCAGACCGGCUGAUAGAGAAGGCCAAGCUGUGUUUACGGUCAGGAAGGAAAGAUCGGGCGCUGCAGCUGCUAUAUGAAGCCCAGAACAUUUAUCCCAGCACCCGUGCCAGAGUGCUGAUAGAUGCCAUAGUGAGGAAUGGAGGCACCAGUGCUCCACAAGCUAACCACGUGCCCCCUCCAACAGGCUGGAGAGACGAGGACAUCAGAAACAAUGAGACAAGUACUGCGAGUGGGGACGACAAGAAGAGCUACACCGAGGAUCAACGCCAGGGCGUUCUCAGGAUAAAGAAUUGCAAGGACUUCUAUGAAAUCCUCGGUGUUUCCAAAGAUGCCAGUGAUGAAGAUUUGAAAAAGGCGUACAGGAAGUUGGCCCUCAAGUUUCAUCCUGACAAGAACUUUGCUCCAGGAGCCACAGAUGCUUUCAAAGCAAUAGGCAAUGCGUAUGCAGUACUGAGCAAUCCAGACAAGAGGCAGCAGUAUGAUCAAUACGGAGAUCAAUCUGCGGCUUCGAACGCACCCCAGUCGUCCAGCCACAGUCGCCAUGGAUACUACAGAAGCUUUAACAGAGACUUCGAGGCUGACAUUUCCCCCGAGGAACUCUUCAACAUUUUCUUUGGAGGAAGGUUUCCAACCGGAAAUAUCCACGUGUACACCAACCAGGGAGCCUCCUACUCUCAGUUCUAUCAGCCUCGUCGUCGGCGCGCUUAUGAGAGGCGCGAGGAGGUGGUGGAGGAAAACCAGACUCAGAACACCUUCACAGCGUUCCUGCAGCUUCUCCCUGUGCUGGUGCUAAUCCUCAUAUCAGUGUUUACUCAGAUGAUGGCUACUAACCCGCCCUACAGUCUCUUCUACAAGCCGGCCAUGGGGCUGGUGGUGUCCAGGGAAACGCAGCACAUGGGUGUACCGUACUAUGUGGAUAAAAGUUUUCAGAAGGAAUACCGUGGAGGUGCGCUGGAUGAACUAGAGAAAACAAUUGAGAGCGACUAUAUCGAACACCUGCAGAGCAGCUGCUGGAAAGAGAAACAGCAAAAAUCUGACUUGGCAAACCUUGGACAACUGUACCGAGAUGAACGGUUAAAGCAGAAGGCAGAGUCAAUGAGGCUGGACAACUGUGAGAAACUGCAUCGAUUGGUUGGGCGUCAGAGAGGCAAAUGAGGACUGUUUGAGAGAAGAACGCGUUUCUUUACAGACUUUACAAUAAUGCAUUUUAUCGGAGUGUCUAAUUUAUCCAAUCUGGCCACUUUGUAAAGAAAUCUUUUUUUAAGGUACAGCACAGUCAGUGGGAGAUUAUGCCACUGGAAACAAUGUGCCUUGUCUCCUCUUUGAUGGUAGAAGAUAGAGUUGUACGUUAGCUGCCAACCCCGGCUGUGGUGGUAGCAGCAUCAAGUGCAAACUCACUGUGGUAGUGUGUUCGAUGUCUCAGAGCCUUUAAACUUUCUUAUAGAAAUGGCAUGACAUACAUCUCCCUUUGGGGUUAUGAAGGUAGUAGUAUGUUCACACAUACAUCUUUGUUUGAGGUUUUGUAGUUUACCCGUAUUUCAUUUAUUUUGAAUGGUUUUGUGUCCUCGCUGAAAUUUUAGGUGUAUUUAUUCAAUAAUUAAUAGAGUGAAUGUUACUUGAGAUUCCUGGCGUAUUAUUGUUUUUUUCUGUAUGUAGUAUAACAAAACAGUGACUUAAAUCAUACUGUAGGUUUUAAUCAUUGUUAAAACAAAGAUAAAUCAGACACUAGAAUGGACUGCAACAUUUAUACUGUGGUUAAUUAGGCAAUCUGACCUCUGGCACUAUAGCAAUAGGAGGCACAGUAAAUCUGUUACAAACUGUGUCCACAUUUUUCUGAUUGUGUUAUCAUAAAAGAAGAGCAGAGCUCCAGUAGAGCUAUCCUCAGUAAUUUAGAUUUGUCGCCAGCAGGGAGUCCAGUUUAAUCAAAAAGCCCGCUCACAGUCCUGCGCUGUGUUCUGCUGUACCUGGUAGAUAUGGGAGGCUCCAUCGGGAGUGAUAUCUGUAAGGUUGCUGGGGCUUAAAUGGCACGCAGUAGCUUCUUUUUCUACACCCUGCACAAGCUGCAAUCAUCUUGUUCUCAGAAAAAUGUAUUUUGGCCCAUGAUUUAUAAAUGUUUUAUAAAUUCUGCACCUUUUUAAUUUAUAGUGUUUUAUAAAGAAGACACGUUUUUGUUUGGAAAAUCUUGAAGAGAAUUCAUUAAAAUUGUGUUCAGAAAUGGAACUUUCUCCCACAGCUAGGAACCCGAAUUGGACUUUUGUCUUAGCAGUUCUAGUCAUGAAUAGAACACUAGCUUUGUGGAGUUAACUUUAAUUGUUUCUACCAACCACAGAUGAUUCAAACUCUACAGAAAUCAAUAUUUCUUUGUGCACUAAGACUGCCAACCUGCCUUAGCUGUUCUCAUACUUUACAGGAAAUUUACAGAUCCAUGUCAAGCACUUUUAAGUUAAUAUUUAAUCCUGUGUUCCCUGUUGUUACUGUUGCAUGCACCCUAGUGAGAGAGUGUUUUAUUUUCAGCGGACACAUCUUCAUGACUACUGACACACUAAAAAUGUUAACUGAUUACAAUAUUGAAGUCCACACUGUCACUCACCGAGAUGUAAAACUUUUACUGUGAAAUGAAAAAAUCAGGUUUGGGUAUCAUUUGGUGUGGUAGUACAUUUGAGCAACACUGCAGAAUUCAGUUUUCAGCCAAAUAUACCUGGAAAUUAAAGAUGUAACCAGAA